ACGGGGAGAGGGGAAGGGGAGAGACAGGGAUGGAGAUGGGGGUGAGCCAGACGAAACGUGGUGUGUAGAGAGACACGUGGAGACAGACACACAGGCAGGCAAUCUAUAUUCCACGCAGUGGCACGCGAACACGCAGGGACCGUUUGCUGAGACACGCCAGGGCCAGGUACGGCUACGUGGUCGGAAGACGCGUGGAAAACGAUCGACACAGCAAGGGGCCACGGACACCGAGAGGGCGGAGGACCCGUGGAGACAAAGAGCCGAGAGGCGUGGAGACAGGCGUGUUGGAGGGGGGGUGGGGGGUGGGAAGACACACGCAGAGAUGAUGGGGGAGCAUGCCGAAGGGUCACACGUGUGCACCGCCUACGAGACGGCGACUCACGACUCAAUGUCCGCGUUCCUGUGUCCCCGCACGGGGGACCCCUCGGAGUGGACCUACUGCUGCGGGUUCUCGGACAAUAAGCACUGCUGCGAGACGCCGGACCAGUACUUCCCGUACCGCGGUGGUUACAUGUGGUCCCUCAGCGUGGGCGCCCUCGUGGGACUCGGCAUCGCCGGACUCAUCCUCAUCGCGUUCGUGCUCUGCGCCUUCGUGCUCUGCUACUUCUCCCUCUUCACCAAGCCUGCGCAGCGCCUCCCCUCGGGACUGCGCCUGCAGCCACUAGGAAAGGAUGAGCCGGACCGCCCAGCGCUCGGGGCCUACGCCGACCUGUCGCCCGCACCGCACGCCCGGGGGAACGUGUCGUCGCCCACCACGCAGCACCUGACCUGCGAGACCCCCCUCACCUCCGAGUCGCGCCCCGAGGCGCUGAGAACCCUGCCAGGGUCGUCCGUCCAGAGCCCCCCUGUCCAGGGGUCCCCUCUCCCUGGGCCGUCCCUCAACAGCCCCCAAAUUCAGGGGUCCCCACUCCCUGGACCAUCCCUCCAAAACCCCUCUCUCAAGGGGUCUCCCCUCCCAGGGCCAUCACUUAACACCCCAAUACAGGGGUCCCCCCUCCCACAGCCAUCCCUUCAUAGUACCCCAAUUCAGGGGUCUCCCCUCCCACAGCCAUCCCUUCACAUUGCACCCACACAGGGGUCCCCCCUCCCAAAGCCUUCCCUCCCCAGUACCCCCAUGCAGGGGUCCCCCCUCCCAAAGCCGUCCCUCUUGAGUCACCCCAUCAAAGGUUCCCCACUUCUAGGGCCGUCCCUCCAGAGACCCCCCGUCCACGGGUCCCCCUUGCUGGGCCCAAGCCACAGUGAACCCUGACACGACAAGCGUUUGAAACUCGGCCGAGCUGGGACCAGACCUGAGCAAGACGGGAGUGGGCCCGAGUAGAAUCUCCAUGACCCCUGUGACCCCAUCCUCUCUGCUCAUACUGCCCCUUCCCUCCAUCUCCACAUGUCUACACCUCCCACCAUCUCGUCGAUCUCCACCACAGUGCUCCAGAUAAGGGGUUGUGUAUCUCUUUUUUUUUUAUUAACACAGUUGUUGAGCACAGGCCCAGAGGCCCCAACACGUCAAGCGGUCAGCAACGAACAUCAUCAAAAUUGUAGAAACACUUCAGAAUAAUUUGCCCUUCAAUUUUGACAUGUGUGAUAAAUAAUGGGGAAGAUAAGUAACAACAUACAUAAUUGGAGAAUACAGUACCCCCCCCCCCCAUUCACAUAUCUGGCGACGUAAAAAGAUAAAAGUAUUUUUUACACAUCACAUCAGCCACACGGCAUUCUGGGAGCGAAUCAUUUCAGCAGCAUUUGUUCAACACAAGCAAACUCUUGGAUGGGUUUUGACACGGUGUCUCAUCAGCAGUGUCCGGCUUGCUUGAAUGAAUGCUGGUGAACCUGAAGCCAUUAGUAAUUCUCAUGCGCAUUGUACAAUAUUAACGCUCCAUAUCGUUUAGGCAUUAGUAACUACAGCCUUAACCGCAAUGUUACUGAUGAAGGACUGCACAAGAACCCCGACACCUUUAUACGAAACAUUGCUCUUACAAACUCCAGGUUUCUCAAUGAGGAUCUUUCAAAAAACGAAAUUCCAACAGACUGAACGCGACACAGUGUAGUUUAGCGGUACCCAUGACUGCUUUGACACCUGCGUUGAAAACCCAUCUCUUUAAAGAGACCUUCCCUAAAGAGGUUCUGUUUUUGUUUCCUGUUUUCCAUGCAUUGCGCAUUGGAAUCCUAGGAUGGAAUGCGGCAUUAUAAAUUAGAAUUAUUAUUACUGAACACCCCUGCACAGGCCACGAUGGUCAUGUGACUGCUCCUUCACUUACUCGCAUCGGUUUUUUUUUGCCGCCAAUCGAAUUUCAGCUGUACGGCAACAUUUGCUCAGCCUAUUGUACUUAAAUGCCGUCAUUAGUAUUUUUGAUCCGUAAAAUUCCCAGUACCCGGGUUAUCUGGAGCACUGCCAUCCAAUCCACCCUACGCCCCCACCCCCGCCCUACCCGGAAACCGUCACGUUGCAAACCCCUAAAUCGUGAACACUCGCAGUGAAAAUACGGCUAGACCCCAUGAGCCAUAGGUUUGGCUAGGGUUAGGGUUAAGGUACAGGCAUGGUUGGGGCUACUGGGGUAGCUUUUUGGGGGUACAGCUCAUGCUUGGCCAGCUAAAGUGUAUCGAAGUAACAAUACAGUAUUAGUAACGCCAGUUACUUUCCCAGGAAAGUCUCAGUGAGUCUCAAAACUUUUGAGAUGGAGGGUCUUUGCCUUGGGAUGUUUGGCAAUUUCUGAGUUGCUUAAUAUGGGGGAGAAUGCGGGAGGAAGAGGCGGAGUGCUCGCCACUGCCAUCUCCUGGACACCUUAGGGGUCGUAUUAAUGGGAGUGCCAGAGGGUUUUUUGGGGUCGAGCUCGUGUUUGGAUAGCUCGUGUUGUUCGGAGCAGGGCUAGUGAUUAGCACGGUCGGUAACGUAUGGUGCGAAAGAAGUUGCAACAUACAUACGUGGUUGAAUAGUGUGCUUAAGGCGAGGGUCAGUGGCAGGAAUCGGCUCUGGUUGGCUGGUGGGUUUGAGGCAGAGCUCGUGUUUGGGUUGGCUCCGAGAUGGGGAUAGUAGGGCUCGUGUUAUGGUAGUAUUUGGACAGGAAAGAACGUCACAACAGUCUACUGGACCUGCAGGUUGGAUUAUGUCUAUUUGGUAAAAAAUAUAUAUUUAUAAUAAAAAAUUGGACAUGUAGCUUGAAAGUUAAGGUGGCUGGGCAGUUGAGAAAGUAGAAUAAUUUGGCAAACAUCCCCAGUAGGAUCCUUCUGAAAGACACUGCGAGGUUUUGCUGUUGGGUUAACAUUCCACAGAAUGUCACACUUAAGCAUAAGUAUGACUAGAGAUUAUUCCCGAACGAACAUAAUCACACUUCAGUCAUUGACCCAACUAAUCUUUCAGUCUAUGAUAUAAUUAGCAAACCCACUUUGGCAGCUAAUAACAUGCUCCAUACAAAAAUGAUGUGACCUCGAGGCACCCAAUUCCAGAGCUGUCACCCAAAUCUGUGACUUUUAUUUUAACCAAUCACGAGAGAUAUAUUCACGCGUGAUGUCUAGUGCACGUGUUGCAGGGAAAGACAAUUUAUUGCCAAUAUAUUUGGUAUGGAAAUGUCCCAAUUCUAGUACGAGGGUCACCUUUAAAUGGCCCGUAUUGUGUUGUCUUAUAUUUCACAACAUGUGGUUCACCCACGAACUGUGGUCUAUGGGAAUAUUGCAACUUCCUGCCACCUCCCUGCGAGUUUUGUUACUCACAAAGCCAGAUUUUGGCAUCCUUAGUCCGGCUAAGGGGUCCAGUUUUCAUCAGUGCCUGAAGUUCACAGAGCCAGACUAAGGCACCUGAGGAUUAGGAUUUAGUGUUAAUGCCUAAGGCUCAUAGAGCCAGAUGAGCUGACCAUGAGUAUUCUUAAGAGUUCAGUGUUAACAUCUGAAGCUCAGAGAGUCAACGGCUCCUUUAGGAUUCUUAUGAGCCAGUAUUGAUUUCCUAGAUUCAGAGAACCAUAGGCAUCCUUAGGAUAUAUAACAUUCAGUGUAAAUGUGAGGCACGAAGAGCCAGACUUAGGUACCCAUUGUAUUCCUAGGGUUCAGUGUUAAUGUUUCAAACUUCAGAGCCAAACUAUAGGGCUCUUAUGGUUAAAUGUCAACUCUUGAGGCUUACAGAGCCCGAUUAAAGUAUUCUUAGAUUUUAAUAUGCAUGCCGAAGGCUAACAGAGCCAGACUAAGGUAAAAUGUAUUCCAAUGUUAACUGUUAACUUGAGAAGCUAAGAAGAAGACUAACGUAGUGUCAGUGUUCAGUGCCAAUGCCAGGCGAAAGCUUCCUUUAGCCACCCUUAUUCGAGCUCUCAAGUUUAUUUCCAGACAUCAGUUUCCAGUUGAUUUGGCUGUCCCCCCACCGCCCACCCCCCAUAAAAAUAAACCGAGUCUCAAAGCUUGAGCCUGGCAGUGCUAAUGAACAAAACUUGGUUCAGACAUUUUCCAAAUCUCUGAACGCAGGCUACUUCAUAAUUCUACCAAACAAAUGUUUCCAGACGAAACAGUUUAUACCCACAGAUGCAAAGAUUCGAUUUUGCUUUUCAGGGAAAUUUAGAGGCAAAAAAUAAAGGGAGGCUUUCAUCGAGGUGUUUUCACUUUGUAACAAUUCCCUCAGACGAGCAUUUUCUCGCAACCAUAGUGACUGUUAAGACAAGUCAACUGGGCUUGGGCAGGAUACAUGGCUAGAAGGGGGUGAUAGCCGGUGGUCGAGAAAGAGUGACAGAGUGACAGCCAAGAGGAGGAAAUGCCCAAGGGCGCGUCCACAGACGAGAUCGAGCAAAGAGAUCGGCUCGUGUGCAGGUGGUGCUGGAUUCAGCGGUGGCCAACUGGCGUCUCCCGAGCCGCGUGCGGAUCUUUACUCCACUACAUGCGGCUCUAUCGAAGGGGUAAAACGUCGAGCGUACUAUGACAGUAGCAAAGAAUCACGAAUGAAAGUUGUAUACGUUGUACGAUAUGUUUAAAAACACUUGGCUCUUUGCAGAACUCUGUUACAGGUUGGCCACGUCUGUGUUCGAUGGACAGUUACAUUGCAGGGCCAUUACAGAGGGCAUUGGCUUCGGGAAUCCUUAAUUCAACAGCAGAUUGACCACGGCUGGAUGAUCAUGAUGAUGACGACGGUAGUUGUGCAUCAGUGUGAAUUUGUGAUGAGUGUUUUGAGGGCGGGAGAAUUUAAAACACUCAUUGCCUGUUAAGGAAUAUUGUAUGCAUAUUUUAUAAAAUAACACAAUGCUGCAUAUAUUCAUCACUGUUUUACUCCCCCCCCUCCCCCAAUGCGCAGCGGGCUUGAGAUUUUUCAUUGCAUAUUUGAUAAGAUAAACUAAUUUGUGUAUUACAGUACAGUACUAGCAAACUGUGAAACGCCUCUUAAUAGCAGCCUAUUUAUCCACAACCAAAUUCAUCCGCAGGGCCAGGCCGAUCCACGAUUAUCCUGGUAUAUGUGGAUCAAUCCUCUUUUAUUAUCUGUUAAUACACACGAUUAUAGGCGUAACACGCGUGGAUAACGACAUCGCAUUAUCUGGUAUUUAUAUACAAUUGUUUACCCAGGAAAGCCUCACUGAGUUACAAAACUCGUUUUUCUGCAGGGCCCUGCCAAGUUUUCAAUCCAUUUGCAGGUAAUUUAUUUUUAGCAAGGGGAUGUUGGGCCAAUAUCAGUUACAAUGUACGGUUUUUGUUUCACCUGUGGGAGAAACCCCACGGUAGAACACGUGCAGGACACACAAACUCCACACCAAAAGGCGCCCGAGUCGAGAAUCAAAGCCAGGCCUUCAUGCUGCGAGGGACAGGCGAUCACCACUGCGCUAACCCUGCAGCCCCGUUAUUGGUUAUUUCUAUUGGACAACAGGAGUUAAUGUUACAGUUCAUGUGUUUUUGACACAUAGGCUUUCGCGACAAAUAUUAUUCAUAAGAAAGUUUUUUUUGGGUUAGAUCUCGUCAGUAUUAAUGUGUCGUUAACACAUCUUGCUCUAUGUAAUACCUGAAGCAGGUAGAUCUCAUCACAAUUCUGGUAAAAAAAUCGUCCGUUGAUUCUGGAUGUAAUUACCAGCAAAACGUCGUACUCAAAUUCUAAAUGUUGUGGAUAUCCUCUCCUACACACCGGGUGGGUUCAAGGAGUAACCAAUUGGCACGUUUUGAAUACAUGACAAGCUUUACUGGUUGGCUAUGUCGGGUGAUGGCCGGUAUACACAUUUAUACUUACGCGAUCUAACCCCCAAAAAACCUUUAUGAAUCAUGUUUUUGUUGUUGUUCGAACCACUCCCCUGAGGUUGUUGACAGUGUUUGCAAUGCCAUGAUUGCGCACACUGCGAUUGUCGCAAAAACUGUGGUGUGGAGUUGGCGUUGUGGUUAACCUAUCACUAGAUUCUGAAGUGGACAUUGUGAAAUGCCUUGUUAGGCAAGUUCCUUCCCCAGAAAUGUGUACAUUCACCUUUGUGUAGCUGGAACAUAAAAAAAACAAUAACAAGUGGCAAUACUGAAACUAAAUAAGAGCUGCACAAAUCUAAUUGACCAUUGUUUUCACAGAGCCCAUUACCCUCCACACACACACGCCCUUCCCCCAACUCACUCCAGGUAAAAGCCUGCUAAGUUCAACUGCCACCUUUGUAUUUAAGUUAUAUAUCCUAGAAUAUGGGUGUUUACGACAACGGUGUCAAACCACGCAAGUGGCUAUUCAAAGGGUAAAACAAAAACUAAGAGUAAAGAUUACGCUGAAGAGGCACAUGUUUGAACUUUUUAAUGUUGUAUUCGAAUGUUUUUUUCUGGGCUGCUUGUCGACUAAAGUAGGUGGCACGUGGCUAUUAGCCGCAGUUAAAGAUAAGUCGUAUACUGGAUGUGGUGUGCCAACUGAGGAGUUAUUGUCUGGGUCACUGACCCCGACAGACCCGGAUCAAAGUCAGCCCUGGGACUGAUUUCUCUACGGGCGGCAGCCCUUGGCGGGUUCUACUAUUACGAUUCGCGUCGGGUUUUCGGAGAUAUUUGUGUGCAAAGUCGUUACCACUUUGGACCAUGUGCCUAACUCCGCGUGUGCGCGUCUGCGUGUGUGUGUGUGUGCGUGCGUCUGUGCGUACACAAUCAAGUACACGGCUGUAAUACGCGCGUGCCAAGUGUGCAGGCUUCAUUGUGGCCGCUUUUAGAACAUUCGUGUGUGUGUGCAUGUGCGUGUGUGCGUGUUUAGUAGUUGUGUCAGUGGAAUGUCCAUCUGAUAUUGAUACGAUGGUAGGUAAAUCGAGACACGGAAGGUCAACGAACGGGCACUUAUUGAUCUAUGUCAGUGCCCUCUAUGUAACCGAGCGAAAGCGAGACAGCCCACUGAGAUUCAUUUUGGAUAGUGAGCCGGGCAAAAGCACGAGACAACCUACUGGGAUUGAUGUCCCCUAUGUAACCAGGACAGGGGGCCAAUUGAGAUGUCUAUUUGACCAGGAGAGACAGUCAAUUGUGACUCCUGCCUGUAUGUAACCAGGACAGAGGGACAGCCCAUCGAGACUUCUGCCCAGGUAAACAUAGCAUGGCAACAGUCAGGAACCAUCCGUCCAGACAGCAAUAGCAGAUGCAUGAACUGUGCACCAUUUGCUCGAACAUUCCUCAAUCGCUCCACACCGAUAUUAUCAGGCUCAAACAGCUCGUAUUUUUGCCUUUCGUUCGAUCGGUCUCUGAGAUGGUCAGUGUAGACCGAGUUCAAACGCCCCCACAGAAACAAAUGAAGGGGCCCGAGGUCUGGCGUGACUUUAGUGGCCAUUCAAUGGAACCUUGCAAUCCAAUCCACCUGCGUGGGACCAUCCCCUGUACACCCAAAACAGUUUUUUUUUAUUCACCAUCUAUCUAACCAGGAGAGUCCAUUGAGAUUCCUGGAUCUAGUUACGUUCAGUUCCAUUUAUUUAACCAGGCGAGAACAUUCAAAUGCGUGGGUCUUCGUGGACGUGCUGUCUAGCCCUCCAGACGUGUUUUUUCGGAUUAUAUGCCGCGUUGCUUAAUGGGCGUAAGUACCCACCGAGACUGCAAGUCUCUUUUUAAAAGUAUCAAGGAUAUGGAAAUCCAAUGUGACCUCGAGUCUCAGAUUCUCCACCUUGAACAACAUUUCCUGGGUCUGUCCCCCAGUUCCUCUCCCCAUCAUCGUGGCUGUGCUGGUGGGUGGAUCUUGUGAUCGUGUCGUCGGUUCGGAUUGACUGUUCCAUCUGUAUGCAGUGCCAGUGAUUGAUGCUCGUUUACGGCUUUCAAUAAAAAAAAAAGCGUUCACAUCAA